UAAAGCGGCGGUCUGGGGCAGGUCGCUGCUACGACUGAGAGAACAGAAGGAGCGUACCUAGCGAUACACACUGUGUCGGCACCAGAUCACUGGCGGUUUUUCAUUUUAGACGUUGUAAUUGACUUUAUUUCUCUUUUGAUAUUGUUCAUCCGUUUAUUUCCGAAGUGACCGGGCGGACUUGGAGUUGUGUUUUUGCUGGGUGGGCAUUAUCCCAUUCCCCAGCUAGUUAGCUGGCUAGCUGAAGCUAGGCUAGCUAGCUAGCCACCUAACUACUCACUGACGGCUAGCGUCAGACGGUAUCCCAAACAACAGAAUAUUUCCAUUCUUGGGUUUGAGGCUCUGCUUGGUUGGCUGUACGAAUCAGCCAUGGAGAAUGAGGCAUGUGCUGAGAAGGUCUGGGAUGGGGAUGGGGAUGUGGAAGUGGAGAAGGUGAAGGAACCACCAGUAGUAACUGUAUCUCCUUACAGAUACUCCAAGGAGGAGCUUCUGGCAAUUAAGGAAUUGCCAUGCUCUAAUGAAAGGCCAGAAUGUCUUGCGGACAAAUAUGACAGUGAUGGUGUCUGGGACCCAGAGAAGUGGCAUGCCUCACUGUACCCCACUUCAGAGCGUACCUCACCAGUGGAAGGCUUCAAGAAGGACUACCUGGAAGAGCGAGCUCCUUUGAAGAGAAGAAUUCCAGAUCCCCGUGAAAGACUAAAGGAGGAUGAUCUGGACGUGGUCCUCAGCCCGCAGCGGCGGAGCUUUGGAGGAGGAUGUCAGGGCAUUGCUGCCCCGGCACCCCUGGCCCGCCGCCCCAUCAGCCCUCUGGAGAACAAGGAGAACGAAAGCCUCCGCCUGGGCGGAGCGCGUAGGAUCGGCAGUGGCCGCAUCAUCCCCGCCAGGGCCUUCGAGAGGGAGUCGCGUAUGGAGAAGGAGAGGGAGCGUGAGAGGGACUUCAAGGAUAAGAGAUUCAGGAGAGACUUUGGGGACAAACGGGUGUUCAGCGAGAGAAGAAGAAACGACUCGUAUGCAGAGGAGGAGCCAGAGUGGUUUUCCGGCGGUCCUACGAGCCAAUCUGAGACUAUUGAGCUCAUUGGAUUUGAUGACAAGAUCCUGGAGGAUGAUAAGCGCAGGUCGAAGCGGUCGAGGAGGCGUACGGAGUCUCUGAAGGAAGAGUGCAACGGCGGCCUACCUGAGGAGCCCGACGUGGUCAGAGACUCGACCGCUGACCAGGAGGUCCCCCACCCAGAGGUCCUGCCAGAGCAGUCGGGCAGCGACUUCGACUUCAACGAGUUCUUCAAUUUGGAGAAGACGAUGCCAGGACUGGCCUCCAUGAUAGAGGAUGUUCUAGGAGAAGGUCCGGUGUCAGCCAGCCGCUUCAGCCAGUGGUUCUCAAGUAACCUAAGUCCUUCAGGGAGCCGCUCUAGCAGCCUUAGGUCGACUCCGCAUGAGGAACUGGAGCGACUGGCAGGUCUGGAGCCUCAAUGCAGCUCCCCCAGCCACGGCCCCCCACCAUACUUCACACCCAUACAGUCGUCCGACCGCAAGGAGAAGGUGGACAUCCUGGAGCUGCUCAACAAAGCCAAGAUAGAUCUGAAGCCCCUCCUCUCCACCCUGACGGUCAACAAAGCACGCCUACGCGAGAGCACUCACUCGGGAGUGGUGCUUUCCCUGGAGGAGGUGGAGGGCGGGAUGAAGGGCAUGAAGCUCCAGGCCGGACCCCAGCCUCGACGGGCCCCUCAGCAGACCAGAGGAGACGGGACCCCUGUCAUGGUGGAACACCUGGAGGAGGCCCUGACUAGCGGCUCCAGCGCUCGGCCACGACCACGUGACCCCGAUAUGUCUGCCUUCAACAAGCUCGUCAGCAGCAUGAAGGCCAGCGGGACUCUGCCAGCACACCCCAAAGGCAGCACAAACAAUCAGCACCCUUCAGACCCUGCUGUGGUGAGCAUGUCUGAAGUCCCGCCACCUGCUCAGCAGCAGAAAAACAUAUUCCACGAUCUCCUGGGCGGGCCAUGUCGUCCUCGCAGCAGCUCUCCCACAUUACUGAGUGGCCUCCUGGGCUCCGAGGACCCCCACUCUGCCUCUCUACAUGGCCUGCUGCACAAGGGCCCCUCCCCGACGCUGUACCCACAGAGGGCCCCUUCACCAGACUACUUUCACGGACAUAUGCAGCCUCCAGCAGGUAAAUCUGUCAAUGGGUUUCCAGUUGGGCCUCAGUCAUUACCGCAGUUUACAGACAUGCACAGCUCCAUCAGUACAGGACCCACCACACAGCAGCAGAUGAGGGCCCUCUCAAUGGCAGUGAACCAUGCAGACCUGGAAGCUCUGGCCUACCAGCAGGAGCUGGGCAUGCACGCCCACCACCAAUACCAGCAGUGCUACAAUAAGCAGGCGCAGGACAAAUCCUUCAGGAACAGGCAAACCAGAACAAAUCAUUCCCCAGGGCCCGGCUCUCACCAAGGUGACCGGAAUUCUCCUGGAAAUGCAAUCACUAGCAUGAUAUCUGCAUCGUUCACUCCGACAUCUGUGAUUCGCAAAAUGUACGAGACAAAGGAAAAGACGAGAGAUGAACAAGGAAGUCGACCAGACGGCAAGGAGGAGGCAAUUCACUGUCAAGAUGAUGGAGGUUCCCUUAACCCCUGCCUAGGAUCCUUGUCUGGAGGUGGUCCUCAGCCUGGGGGACCGGAGGCCGGUGCACAGAACAUGCCCGGCAAGGACGAGCGCCUCAAGCCAGGCUCGGCCGGCCACCAGGUGCCCCCCAUGGUACCCUCCGGGCCCGGCUCGGCCUACCCACGGCCCAUGUACCAGGUCCCGCUGCUCUCCCACCUCCCCAUGGGACGGCCGCCGCCUCCCCAGCUCCACCCCAGCGUGGUGCAGCGAAUGCUGGCGCAGGGCAUCCAGCCCCAGCCACUAGGACCCGCCCUGAUGCAGUCAGGCAUGUUCCCGUCCCACAUGGACCUUGCUCAGCUCCGUGGCUUGCCCCCUACCCUGCUUGGCCCUCCACUGUACCCUCUUAGUGCAACGGGGAAUCCUCUUCUACCUCCCAGGGCUAAUGCCCAGAUGCAGCUAGCAGUAAUGCAGCAACAACUCCAGCAACAGCGACAAGGGCACCCAGGAGCCGGGGUCUCGCACUCACAGAACCACGGCCACCACCGGACUAACGCUCAGAGACAUGGCGCGAGUCCCCCCCUCGGCCUGGCCAAGUGGUUCGGCUCGGACGUGCUCCAGCAGCCCCUUCCCUCCAUGCCCGCCAAGGUCAUCAGUGUGGAUGAGCUGGAGUUUCGGCCGUGAAGCCCCGACACCGGGACUCUGUCACCACCUCUCCAUUAUUGGGAAAAAAUGUGAACUUUAAUUUGAGAGAAAGUGCAGACAUGGAUUGUCUGACCGUGCUUUGCCUUCAACCUUGAAGUCACUGUCUUUUGAUUUCUGAGAAAAGGGAAGACAAGUUAUGGUGAAUUGUUUUGAAGAAUUUUUUUUCUCCCUCUUUUUGUAUUUUACUUGCAGAAAAGUAAUUAAUGUAUAGGCCCUACAUUGUACAGACAAAUGGUAAAGAAACAUAUUCUCCCUGUGUAUAUAAAGCUAUUGUUUCUUGGGAUGGUGAAGAUUUAACUAACCAUGGCUCAAUUAAAUACUGUGGAGACAAAGUCAAGCCAUUGAGAUGGUGUUGCAUUUGUCUGGUCGUCUAGGUGUAACGUCCCUCUGCACUGUGAAAGGGCUACUGAAAGUGUUGAAUAGCGGUGUGACAGCAGGUGCACUCAAUUAAGUUGCCCUAAAUGACUUGGUGUGGCCCCUGAUCUACAUGUGACUGGCGCAAAUAGUGAGGUCUGGAGGAAUUGGCAAUUGUUGGUGUGCCUUUCUUUUUUUUCGUUUUUUCUUUUUAACUUGCACCCUCCCAUCCAACUUGUCACUGGGGGAGAAGCACUGCUCUAAAUCAAGUUAUUGUAUUUCUUUUGGAGGGGGGUGGCUGGGAUUCAGUUUAUGCCUGUGCUACUCAAUUAUAGAAGCACAAUUAGAGUUAAUAAAUAAAAUUAAGUAAAACUCA